AUGCCUUUCAAUACUGCCUUGACCCGCAAACUGGGCAUUCGAGUGCCCGUGGUGCAGGGAGGUAUGCAAUGGGUGGGAUAUGCCGAGCUGGCCUCGGCCGUUAGCAACGCCGGUGGACUGGGUAUUCUUACUGCUCUCACCCAACCCACCCCCGAAGACCUGCGCAAGGAAAUCCGACGAUGCCGCACCAUGACCAAGAACCCUUUCGGUGUGAUCAUUGAUGAGGGCAUCAACAUCGUCGAGACGGCCGGUAACAAUCCGGGCCCCGUGAUUCAGCAGCUGAAGAAGGCCGGCUGCAUCGUCCUGCACAAGUGCACAACCAUCCGCCACGCCAAAUCCGCCGUGAAGCUGGGCGUUGACUUCCUCUCCAUCGACGGCUUCGAGUGCGCCGGCCACGUGGGCGAGCACGAUAUCACCAACUUCAUUCUUCUCAGCCGUGCGCGCCAGGAGCUCGGCGUGCCUUUCAUUGCUUCAGGUGGUUUCGCUGAUGGUCAGGGUCUGGCUGCUGCUCUGGCGCUUGGUGCUGAGGGAAUUAACAUGGGUACUCGCUUUAUGAGCACUGUUGAGGCUCCUAUUCACCAGAAGGUAAAGGAGGCUAUCGUCAAUGCGCAAGAGACCGAUACUGCUCUUGUUCUCCGUCGGUGGAAGAACACAACCCGUCUGUUCGCCAAUAAGGUCACGCAGGAUGCGCUGAAGGUCGAGCGUGAGAGCACGACCGGCGAGUUUAGCGAGAUUGGACCUUAUGUUAGCGGCAAGCGUGGUCGUCAGGUCUUCCUGAACGGUGACGUUGACUUUGGAGUUUGGACUGCUGGCCAGGUCAUCGGUCUGAUCCACGACAUCCCGACUUGCGCCGUCCUCCUCGACCGGAUCGAGAAGGAGGCCCUGGAGGCCAUGCAGCGCAGCCAGUCGCUGGUCACCAACGCUCCUGCUAGCAAGCUGUGA